CGUAAACAUCCGCUACGUCAUAUCCGACAUCUGUUCACCACCAGGUGACCAGUUUCUUUUUUUUUUUACAAAAAUUCCGAACGAAUGUCACAUCAUACGCAUACAGUACUCUACAUCAGCAGCAAGCGUGGAGGCUGAUGAUUCCUAGACCUUAGACUAUAGUAUGGAAAAGAGUCUGGCAGCCUUCCGUGCGCGCCUCAAAGAAGAUGCAUCAACCACGUCAUCAUCAGUUGGAGAUUACGAAGAAUCCAGCGGAAAAGAUCCCACCAAGGAAACAAAAGGCAACCUCAAAGAAGAAUUGCGAAGGUCGCUGCUAUCAGGCUUGAGAGCGUCGCCCGUCUCCCCCGUCGUAUUUACGGACGAACCCUUGGUGAACGAAAAUUGCUGUCGCUGGACUGUGUGGGAUGUGGCCAUUCUUGUUACAAAAUUUACGUUGUGGUUCUUGCUUAUGACCUUGGCAGUGCACGUCGAAUUUGGUGCGGUCUUCUUCAUACUUUCGUUAUUCUACGUCAUUUUUACCAACCUACGAACAUCACCCAGAAAGAAAGGAGAACUGAGUGCGUACUCAGUGUUCAAUCCAAACUUUGAAACAAUCCAUGGGACGGUCUCACCGCAGCAGCUUGAGCAACAGCUUGCAUACGGUGCCAUGUGAUGACACAUUUUUCUAUUUCAGCAGCAAGAAAUCACUUUGUGAAGCUUUAUUAAAAUAUUUUUCAUAAAUGCUCA